AAAGCACUUCCGGAAUAAAAUUAAUUUUAAAAUCUCUUUAUUUUUGUGAAUAACUAGCGCAGUUGAUUGGUUAACAGAAAUGUGAUAACUUAGGAUUGCCUACAAUCAAGGAUUAAGUAUAAUAGAAUACAAUGAGAUCAACAGGUGCAAUCUACCCACGAGCAGGGUUAACACCAUAUAUCUUACUUCUCCUUGGCUCCAAGGCACUCAGAGCAUUUGGCCUCUACCUAUCAUAUGAUCUGUUGAAGCUGAUUCAUGUUGUGCAGUUCCUUUUCAUAGCUAAGCUAGGAUCGUCAGUGGUGCUGAUAUUUCUACAAAAGCCUUUCUCAGGAGGAAAAAGGUUGUCAAAGAACCAGUGGUUUAGGAUUUGUAGACAUGCCCUUAUUGGUAGUUUAUUAAACCUGCUGUGGCUGUAUGGACUGACACUGUGUGGUCCUUUAAGGGCCAUCUUGAUAUUUGAGCACAGUGAUCUGGUUGUGAUUGCUGCAUUGAGCGCCCUCUUUACACACAAUGGAGGUGGCCCAGCCAAGCUCCGUGGUGCUAUGUUUCUGUUACUUGCUGUUACUGGGAUCUUGUUGUUUGACCAUGAUGACUACAGAGCGGAUGCAGCAGAGCACACUGAAAACCACCAUAAAAGCAUCAUCACACACUUGUUUAACCACUUCACCAACUGGUCGGGACUCUCAGAUCACAAGGGUGGUGUGAUGCUUCUGUUCUUCACACUGUGUAUGUGGACAGGGUACAGUAGUGCUUCUAAAAAACUCUCACUAGAUGUAGGUGGAGCUAAACGUCUUCAUGCGCUAUCCACAUUGAUAUCUGCCAUCCUGCUUAGUCCAUGGGCGGGAUUUAUCUAUGUCACACGUGAAAGCGAAGACAUAUCCCUGUGGUCUGUGGUGAUACCUCUAACUAUAGUGAUCCUGAUUGUGUUUCUUGCUGACUACUACAUUGAUGCCAUAAGUAUCCAGCGCCUUGAUGCUCCAACAGCUGCAAAGUUUGGUUCCAUGGCAGUGUUCACUGGCGCUCUUGUCAUCAGCUUCUUCUGGAAUCACCCAUAUGCAUCAAAGAUCACAUCGAUGCAUCACAUUGUAGAAGUGGUACAAGAGGAUCAUGUACUGUCUGGAGGUGUCAUCUUCAGUUAUGUACUCAUUAUGUUUGCUACUCAUAUCCUGACAAAUCCGUCCAAGAUGUCCAAGGGCAGUUUUAUAGGAUAUUCUGCAGCUGGGUUGCCCCUUUAUACAGUUGCUGGGGAGGCCCUACACAGGACCUCCCAAUCUGUGCUGACAGUAGCGAAGAAUGGACUCCAACAGAUCCUCUCUGAGUCAGAUUCAAGGAAGAUAUUCUACUUUCUUUGCAUUAAUCUUGCAUUCACAUUUGUUGAGUUGAUUUAUGGAGUAUGGACCAACAGUCUUGGUUUGAUCUCAGAUGGUUUCCACAUGUUAUUUGACUGCUCUGCUCUAGUCAUGGGUCUCUAUGCUGCCGUAAUGAGCAAGUGGAAGGCCACCAGAAUAUACUCUUAUGGGUAUGACAGAAUUGAGGUCCUCUCUGGCUUCAUCAAUGGUGUUUUUCUUGUUGUCAUCUCUUUCUUUGUCUUCACUGAGGCCCUGGAGAGACUCUUUGACCCUCCUGAAGUCAGCACAGAGAGAUUGCUUGCUGUAUCAGUGGCAGGACUUAUUGUUAACCUUGUUGGCAUAACAGCAUUCAGACACGCCCACUCCCAUGGUGGCGGAGGCGGACAUGGUCAUAGUCAUGGAGGAGGUCAUGGUCAUGCCCAUGGAGGUCAAGGUCACGGACACUCCAAUAGCAACCACAGUCACUCUAAUGGUAACCAUGGUCAUUCUCAUGCUGCCAGUGAACCUUGUGCUUCCAGCUCUACUCACCAUAACACCAAUAUGGAAGGUGUGUUCCUGCAUGUGUUAGCAGACACCUUGGGCUCAGUGGGAGUCAUCAUAUCAUCCAUCCUCAUAGAGAACUUUGGCUGGAAUAUAGCUGAUCCUAUCUGUAGCAUCUUCAUUGGCACACUUAUCUUCCUAAGUGUGAUUCCCCUACUGAAGGAGACUACAUUGAUAUUGGCCCUGAGAACCCCAGCUGAGUUAGAGGGGCCAUUGAAUGUUAGUUUACAAAAGGUGCUGGAUUUGGAGGGUGUUUUGUCAUACAGAGAGCAGCAUUUCUGGCAGCACUCUAGCAAUGUCACCUGUGGCACUCUACAUGUACAGGUGACAAAGGGCAUCAGUGAACAGAAAAUAAUCUCUCAAAUAACUGCAAUAUUUAAAGACAUUGGUAUAAAUAACAUGACAGUACAAGUUGAAACAGAGGCCUAUUUUCAACAUAUGACAGGUCUUGGCUCUCAGCUUGGACAAGUUGAAGAAAUCACACAAAAUUUGAGGACGUUGAAUUAUCAACAGACAGUGAGCAUGAUAAAAGCCAUUUGAUAUGGUGGAUUUGAUACAGUGUUACUAAAGUGAUUAUUUAGACAUCCUAUGAUGAUACCAAAAAACUCCCAGAGCUGAAAUGACAUAGUGCUCUGCACUAUGAUCUACAGUUAUACUUACAUAUGGGAACACAUCCCUAAAGAAAACAGCUCUAAGCAUGAUGUUAUUGUUGUG